CCGCCUCCUAUAUGCUAGUGAUUCUUGUCCUCCCUCCCACCCAUAUGGUCUCAGAUUUAGAGGUGCUGAUCCUCAUCCCAGCCACUUUACACCUGGCUCCUAACCGUCCCGUGAGUGCUGGAGGUCACAGGCCGAUGACGCCAACAGGACCACAUCACCUGCAAAAGCAGGGAUGAUAUCUGAUAUUUGAAUGUCUGAUAAAAGCAUCUUAAUAUUUAAAAUAGAAAUUGACAUUUCUCAACAUUGCAUCCAGUGAAUCAAAAUUGUACAUAUUCUUAAGAAAUGUUGGUUUCUUAGAAUGCAAAAGAUGGAGAACCACACCCUGCUUUUUCUAAAUCAGGCUCAAAACUUCUCAGUCACCCCUCGUACAUUUUUCCUAUUAUUACAAGCCAGUUUUUGUCCAUGUAAAGGUUAGUACAUUUGUGUGGUUAUAAUGAUAAACAAUUAUUUUGAGUGACUAAAAGAAUUACACAGGAGAGAAAAUGUAAAUAUUUUCUGGUUUAUUUUACUCGAUACUUUAUUCCUGUCUGGAAGUAAAUUGAAUAUUUUGUAGGCUCUGGACAAAACAAGGCAUUUGAAAGCAUCCUUUUAGGCUAUGGAUAACACCAAUUAAUAUUUUUUUCUUUUGCAUUUUAUUAACCUAACAACUAAUAAGAAAAUAAUUGCUGUUUAUGAAAACAAUAGUUAGUUCCAGCCUUAUUCACAGUACGUGACUGAGCUCAGAUCUUACCUCAGAUGUAGCUCAUGAACUGAAAACAUGAUUUUUUUCUUCAAAUUGUGAGCUAACGCAAAUCAUUAAUUUUACGCCUUCAUUAGGGCCCAUCGGUUAUUGGGGAGUCGACAUAUUGCAGUGUUAUAGAAGAUAUGUUUUGAUUAUAUUGCUUUGUAUCUGAAAGAUGAUCAUGCCCCAUUUUGGCUCUACCCAGGUUCACCUUUCGUGUUGCAGCUUCUCCAUCUCCACCCUGUUUCUGUUGUUACUCAAAACCAACAACUAAGGCCCCUCUUAUGAUGUUAUGAUCUCUUUUUCUCAUGCAGGUAGUGCUUCAGGGGGACUAGCAAAUGGCAGUUUUGCAAAUUUUGACAACUUCCCAAAAUCGUGUAGUGCUGACUUUGGAUCCUUCAGUUCCUCCUCACAGAGUAACUCCACAGGAGCUGGCAGAGAUGCUGUACAGAUUACUAGUGUUUCUGCUGAUAGAUAUGCAGCCCUGGCUGACCUGGAUAACAGGUUUAGCUCUGCCAAAACAGAGCAAGGUAAACCUCUCCUGUGUAGCCUGUUUCUUAAGGCUGGCGCACACGGGGGGAAGAUUCUUUUCCAAAUGGCACGCGUGGUCAAAUGCUUAAGCAGGAUACCCUCGUCUGCGGUGGAUUUUGUGAGAGUCAUCCGCCUUUCUGACCCAAAAGCAAACUAUCUAGCGUGUUUAAUAAUUUCUGCCUCGUGUGACAAAUGACUCGCUGUGUGCGGGGGAGCAUAAGCAUUCGGCUUUCAGUCUGACUGAACUGCGCCUGCGCCACGACCUGUGUACCCCACCGCCGUCUCACGUGUCAUAGAUAACAUGGCGGAACACAUGGAAUCCCCGUUGUCGUCACAGUUUGUUUCUGAAAUAAUUUUGGAAGACAGACUUGUAGACCUAUGGCCCGAUUAUCCAUGUUUGUAUGUCAUUGAUUCAGCAGAUUUCAAAAACCAGGAUAAACGCUUCCUUGCUGCGUCAGAAAUCGCAGAGAAACUCAACAAAACAGCUCAGUGGGUUUUUUCAAAGAUAAAAGCUCUUCGCAACAGCUACACAAAAAUAAAGAAACUGGGACCCAGUGGAAGUUCAAGGAAAAGUUUAAGUAAAAGAGCAACCUGGAUGAAAGAGAGACUACAGUUUUUGGAUCCACACAUACAGACAAGAACAUCAAUGUCAAAUUUAAACAAGAAUUCAACUGUCUCAUCUGAAGUAACAAAUGAUGACAACAAUGAUGAUGAAGAUGACACAGAAAGUCUCCAAGAUAACCCAUCAACUCCAUCAACACUUGAUGGAACUGAUCAAGACGUAACCCCUGGAAGAAAAUCAACAAAGGAGCCCUUGAAGGCAAAAACAAAGUCAUCUGCUAAAAGACAGGCUGAGGACGAGUAUCAUUUGAUUAAAGAGUUAACUCAAACAUUAUCAGAUCGAAAGAAGAAAAGGGAAGAAAAUGCCCACCAGAAAAUUGACCCAUUUGCUUGUUAUGUGUCAGAGGCCCUAUCACAACUAGAUCCAAAAAUGAAGCAUUUAGCUGUACAUCACAUUAACACUGUCAUCUUUCAGGCUCAGAUGGGAACUCUUGGCCAGUUACAAUCACAGCCACAAAGUCAAGUGCAUUCUCUGCAGUAUAAUCAGCAGUCUAAUUGGUUUCCACCAGACCGUUUAUUUUCGGCACCACCCGAAUACAAUAGAUGGUAUCAACCAAACCAGCAACAACAUCAUAAUCCUGCCUCUACAAUCCCAAAUCAAACAUGGUGUCCACCACCGCAACAAUUUUUGAAUCCUGGCACUGACACCAAUGUCAGAGUAUUUGGCAACAGGAAAAUAAACUGCAAAACAGUGCAAAUUCCCAGUGUUCUGUGGGCCAAAAUCAAUGGUCACAACUUGAUAACCGACAGAACAAAACAACCAUGACAGUGAACCAAAGUAAAAGAUUCAAAACUUCUUCCAUUUAAAAUGUUAAAACAAUCAGUAUUACAACUUACAGCUUAAAGUCACAUACAUUGUAAUAGUAGAGGAUUUGUUAAAGGUUCUAUUGUAU